CCGAGCCGGGCCGAGCCGGGCCGGGCCGGGCCCAGGAUCGCAGGGACGAUGCAAGCAGCUAAACGAGGGUCAGUGGGUCCCUGAGCCCCGCGCCCGGGCCGCGAGGGAGCCCCUGCGCAGCGCAGCGCCGCGGCCGGCCUGCCAUGGCCGGGGUCAGCUACGCUGCGCCCUGGUGGGUGAGCCUCCUGCACCGGCUGCCCCACUUCGAUCUGCGGUGGGAAGCCACCAGUAGCCAGUUCCGGCCCGAGGACACCGACUACCAGCAGGCGCUGCUGCUGCUGGGGGCCGUAGCACUGGCUUGCCUGGCCCUGGACCUCCUCUUCCUGCUCUUCUACUCCUUCUGGCUGUGCUGUCGGAGGCGGAAGACCGACGAGCAUCUGGACGCAGACUGCUGCUGCACGGCCUGGUGCGUCAUCAUCGCCACCCUGGUCUGCAGCGCGGGCAUCGCGGUGGGGUUCUACGGCAACGGGGAGACCAGCGACGGCGUCCAUCGAGCUACCUACUCGCUCCGCCAUGCCAACCGCACGGUGGCGGGGGUCCAGGACCGCGUGUGGGACACAGCAGUGGCCCUGAACCGCACGGCUGAGCCGAGCCUUCAGAGCCUGGAGCGGCAGCUGGCCGGGCGGCCCGAACCCCUGAGGGCGGUGCAGCGGCUGCAGGGCCUGCUGGGGACGCUACUGGGCUACACCGCGGCCAUCCCCUUUUGGAGGAACCCUGGUGUGUCGCUGGAGGUGCUGGCCGAGCAGGUGGAUCUCUACGACUGGUACAGGUGGCUGGGCUACCUGGGCCUGCUGUUACUUGAUGUCAUCAUCUGCCUCCUGGUGCUGGUGGGCCUCAUCCGUAGCUCCAAGGGCAUCUUGGUCGGGGUCUGCUUGCUGGGAGUGCUGGCCCUGGUCAUCGGCUGGGGCGCGCUGGGCUUGGAGCUGGCUGUGUCUGUGGGCUCCAGCGACUUCUGUGUGGAUCCCGACACCUUUGUGACUAAGAUGGUGGAGGAGCACUCUGUACUGAAUGGGGACAUUUUGCAGUACUACCUGGCUUGCUCACCCCGUGCCACCAACCCCUUCCAGCAGAAGCUGUCUGGCAGCCACAAGGCCCUGGUGGAGAUGCAGGAUGUCGUGGUUGAGCUGCUGAGGAAUGUCCCACGAGAGCACCCAGCCACCAAGGACCCGCUGCUCCGCGUCCAGGAGGUACUGAACAGCACAGAGGUGAACCUCCAGCACCUCACCGCCCUGGUGGACUGUCGCAGCCUGCACUUGGACUACGUGCAGGCACUGACGGGCUUCUGCCAUGACGGCGUCGAGGGCCUCAUCUACCUGGCCCUGUUCUCCUUCGUCACAGCGCUCAUGUUCAGCUCGGUCGUCUGCAGUGUGCCCCACACCUGGCAGCAAAAGAGAGGCCCUGACGAGGAUGGGGAGGAGGAGGCCACCUCUGGGCAGCGGCAGGCACAUGGCAGUCUCUACCGCGUACACAUGCCCAGCCUGUAUAGCUGCGGGAGCAGCUAUGGCAGUGAAGCCAGCAUCCCGGCUGCCACGCACACGGUCAGCAACGCUCCGGUCACCGAGUACAUGAGCCAGAAUGCCAAUUUCCAGAAUCCUCGCUGUGAGAACACACCCCUCAUCGGGCGCGAGUCCCCACCACCUUCACGCUACCUGGCUGCUCUGGACUCUGGCAGCCAUGCGGGUUGGCAAUUUAAGCCCAUGGACAGCGCCCGAACGCUGUGGUAGCUGUGCCCUCAGAGUGACAGUACACUUCCAGCAUGAGAGCCAAAUACCUCGCCACGAGCCAGCCUCGCCCUGACUCCAGCGGCAGUGGACACUAGACCAUGACCGGCCGGCCGCCUGCCUGCCCCAUGUGCCAACCUCCUCCCCACUCCUCCCGUGCCAGCGCUGCUGCUUGACCCUGCACGACAUGCCAGGCCAGCCCCUGCUCUCCCCUCCCUGCAGGGGGUACAGAGAUGCCCAGCACGAGCCCUGGGGCUGGCCCAAGAAGUUAAGAAUGCUGGGGUCACGCCCUGGGCAGACGCUGUCACCAGCAUCCCAGCCCUGCCUGGCCUUGAGCCCCCCGUCCCUGCCACCCACUUGGGUUCGCCGAGCCCCGCUACGUCAGGUCCUUGGUUCCCACAGGUGACCAUCCACGCUGCUCCCUGCACUCGAGUCCCUCCUUCCCUCCAGCAGCUCCAAGUCUUUCCCGGUGCCACCUUGCCCUUGGCGCUUCCACGAGUCACUUCUCAGUUCACAGGCAGCAGGAGCCCCUGUGCUCGGUUGGCGUCCUCGGCUGCUGGGCAGGUCUGCUCGCCGCUGCUCGCCUGCACAAGCGCAGCCCCUCCACAUGCCUCUCUCUCCGCAGCGUCGAGCUCCUCCUUUUGACCACCCGGCUGACUUGGCCCUUCCUAUCGCUUCCCAGAGUUUCCUCCUGGGCAGAGCCCUUCCUCUGCCUCCUGCCCAGCGUCGCUGUCUCCUCAGUGCCCGCCCUUGCCCAAGGUGCCCAGCCCUCCCUGGACAGCAGGUGCCACACAGAGCCCCGGCUGUUCACUGGCCUCCCAGCGCUGGCCACCUUCUUGGUGCCAAACUCCCUCAUCCCUCAUCCUCCCGAAGAGUGGCAGCUUCGUCCAGUUUGCUUUUUUGCACUAAUCACAUCCGUCAUCUCUUGGGCAGGCUGGGGUGCAGGCGGAGCAAGACGCUGCCCCCUCCCCUUCUCUCUCUCAUUCCAUUUCCACCCGGAGCAGGCGCAGUGUCUCUGGAGCCCAGCCUCGGGGGCUGGACUCAAACUGGCCAUGAACGAGCCCCCCCAGCCUCACAUGCCCCCUGUUGAGACUAACCACUAACCUCACUCCCAGCCUCCCCGGGCGCCCCUUGGCUGACCCAGAGCCAUCAAGUGUGACUCUGAAAACAGCCUAGAAGUUGAGGCCAGCAGCUGCCUGGGAGCCAGGGCUGGAGUAGCUGGUUCUUCGUGGGGUGUUGCAGGGGAGGGGCCGCAGAUCAGCGAAUGGCCCAAAGGGCCUGGACACCCCUCCCCAGGCAGGUGCCGCCCCAGGAGGACCAUGUCCUCGGGAACAAGCAUCCUGGGGACUUUGGACCAAGGUCCCUAUGGCUUUGGUCCUCCUACCUGUGAAGCGGGAACGAAGCUUCCCUAAGGUGCUUUUGGCUUUAGUGUAUGACCGUUUGCCCUGCUUCCUGCCGUGGGGCGGCACAGCCCUCAAACCAGGACCCAGAGGCUCUGCCAGGGCCGGGGCAGCCAUCGUGUGCUGGGUCCAUGGCUGGGGCCCUGCAGCGGGAAGCGGUUUACAGAGCAGCCAGGCAGCUAUGCCUCCCGGGAUCAUGGGCCUCAGCCCUCCUGGGGUGAGGUUCCACCUUCCCUUCUUCCUCAACCCAUUUCUUUGUGCUGGUGUCUGGGACCAAAAAGGUGGCGGGGAUGAGUGGGUUGUGCGCAGAGGACUCAGUGGGCCUAGGGCCCAUGCCUGGGCCUCUGCGUUCUCUGGGCAUGACCAGACCUCAGUGGAACGAACUCUGCCUUUGGCUCCCAGACAGCCUGGGCCACGGAGAUCCGGCCGCAGCCAGCCAACCCGGUUUUCUCCCUGGGCCCUGUGUGCCCUGGGCACAUUCCUGGAUGCAGGCCCAGAGGGAGGCAUGGGCACCUCCACCUGGGUGCCCGUGUGUGCCCUGGGGCCUCUCUGAAGCACAAGCGCUGCAUGGACAUAGCAUGAGUGGCAGGUGCUGCCCAGAUGUGGCUGACCUGUGCUGUCUCGGGAGUCCUGACCGUCUGUUUGCGUGCCCUGUCUGUGACUUUUCACUCACCGAGGCUGAAGAAAGGAGAAAGAUGCAGAACGAGAAGGGGAUGUCCACCCUGAUCUCUUGUUGGCAGAGGGGGCAGCUCCUAUUGAUGUGGGUUUUUUUUUUUUUUUAUUGCCUAUAUUUUGAGUGUCACUUGCCUAGCUUCUCUCAUCCCAGUGACCCUUCCACAUCCCCAGGGGGGCGGCAGGCCAGCUGCCUGUGGUUGUCCACCAUUCUACCACCCAUCUCUCGGGAACCCCAGCAUCUGGCGGCUGUACCACCAGCCAGACCCAGGUCCCUGGUCAGAUGGGAGGAAGGUUCAGAUGGAUAGGGACACUGAUGUCACUGGGAGCAGCCCCUGACCAGGUCCCCCAGCGCCCACCCACCCCAUCUCACUAUGCAAUUCCCAGCCCCAGCUCCACUGCCCAUCCUGCCUAGGUCCAACUCUGCCCAGUCCAGAGGGGGUGCUUAGAUGGAAACCCAAGGUGACUAGCGCCCUAAGAGGGGGUCUUUUUUGAGUUAACAGUUGUGUGCCAUGCCCCUUAUCUUAUGUAUGUAUGUGUAUAUGUACACAUACGUGUGUGUGUGUAUAUACAUAUAUAUUAUUUUUGAGAUUUGCUUCCUGGUUACUGUCCCUCUGCCCACAUCUGCCCCCCGGGGACCAUAACAUCUGAGCCGAGCCAGCCCCGCAUCUCCCCAGCCUCUGUAGGGCCAUGGCUGUUGUGUUAUUGUCGCUGUGUUUUUUUGUUUAAAACUGGGUUUGGGGUUUGAUUUUUAUUUCUUUAGGGAACAUUAUUUUUCUUGGCAAAUAACUAAAAGUUCUUGUCCAUGUAAUUUCUGUGGUUUUUAUUCAGCUUGGGUUUCAUGUUUUAAAAUAAACGAUUUUAAAAGAAAAAUAAAAAGCAGGUUUCUCUUC